GGGAAAUGGGAAUAGAAGUGGUAAUGUGUGGUAGGAGGCAUAUAGGACGAGGGACAGAGAGAAAUAGCAAGAAGAGAUGAGGAAAAGGUGAGGAAGAGGGUGAGUAUUCAGUACAGAUAAGCCAACAUCAGCAGGCCGACUCAGCGGAUACCACUACACCGAUAAAAAAACAAAAGUGCAUCUCCAACGCCAAGAUGGCCGUUCGCUUCACUGACUCUCAAGUGCAUUGGGAAUUGAGAGUUUGGCGAGAUGAGCAGUUGGACAAUUUAAUGCGCUGCGGUGCAUUUGAGGAUCGCUGUGUCUCAAGGCCGAAGCGUCCGAGAGCGAGAGCUAAGGACGCGCCAUUCGCUACUUCGCCAAUGGUCCCCUCUUACUCCUCAUUCCUCAUUCCUAACUCCUCACUCCUCACUCCUCAUUCUACUCAAAACACUAUGCAACGGCCCAGUGAUUCUACCUGUUAUACUCCAUUCAAUAAGCCAUUCAGCUUUAAGAUUCACUAUUUGACGUAA